CCUCCAUAUGGCGUGCGUCAAAUGGAAUACACAUCCUCGCACCUUGACAUGGGGCAGUAAGUACUGAAAGGCACGCCAUGCCGCCGCUUCGAAGUCCAUGAUGAUGCUCUUUACCUCUGGCUCAUGGGGUAGAAGGUCGUGGCAGAGAAGUAAAGAUGCCUGUUAAAAUUUUUGUUGGAAACCUGUCUGAUGAUACAGCAGUUUAUCAGCUUCAGCCACUGUUUGACAAGUAUGGAACAGUGACGGAAUGUGAUGUUCUUAGAAACUUUGGAUUUGUGCACAUGCAGACUGACGAAGAAGCUGAUGAAGCCAUAAAGAAUCUCAAUGGAUACCAUCUGAAUGGACAAAAAAUAAGAGUGGAGAAAUCUACAGGAAAAUCGAGAGAAGAUGGAUUUAGAGGGGGAAGAGGUGGCCGAGGCCGAGGUGGAGGACCAAUGAGAGGAAUGCGUGGUAGAGGAGGAAGGGGAGGUUACCCAUCUCCGUAUGAAAGAUUUCCACCACCACCACCACCUGGUUACGACCGAUAUGAUCCAUAUUACAGGGACUACUAUGAGCGGGAACCCUACUAUCCUCCCCCAAGAGGAGACCGGUAUGCUGCCAGACUGCCACCCCCACCCCCACCUGGAGAUCGGUAUGCUCGGGAACGACCUCUGCCACCACCACCCGACAGGAGACCUGCUUAUCCAGACCCCAGAGACCGACUGCCACCACCACCACCAAGAGACCGAUACGCUCCCUACCCAGAUGACAGACGGCUUCCACCACCUUACGAGCGGGAUCACUACGAAAGAGCGAGACCAAUGGAGCGGGGGCCUCCUGCAGAUCCAUACUACAGAGAACGAAGUCCAUUGGGCCGACCUCCACCAGAAUAUUAUGAACGACCGAAGUCCGAAUAUCCUGGAUUACCCGGCCGAGAAGCUCCUCCCAGAGAAGCAAACGGUUACGAUUAUUACAGACAGCACGCUCCACGAGACCCCUAUGACAGGACAUAUGGUGGAACCGCAAUAGUCCCACCUCCCCGACAGAACAAUCCCUCUGCAGCAGCGGCCGCGCACAAAUUCGAUAGUCAAGCCAAGCUGCAGACUGGGCCAAUCUUCUUUUAAACAGUACUCAUUGGACACUUGCUGAAAUUAAACUUCAUUGUUUAAACCAUAUCUGUCUGCAUCAUCACGUCUCAUGUUCAUGUUUUUAACAGUGGUUUUUUGUGUGUUUUUUUUAUCAUUGUAGAUAUUUCAGUUGUUAUACUAUCAUGUAGUGCGUGUGAACAAAAAGGUGUAGUGCAUCCACAUGGGAUGAUUUGUACUUAAUAUGCACUGCAUACCAAAAAGUAUUUCAUACAUCAUAAUGGCUUUCUGUUAGAUGGCAAGUCUGAUUAUGUUGUGUGUGUUUUUUUGUGUUUGAAAUGUCAUUAUUAUAUGAAAGUUGUUAUUUGUAUCAUGUUUUUAAGUGGAUUCAAUUUUAUUGUAAGUAGUUGGCCAGUUUCCUCUUUUGUACACAAAAAUGCAGUUGCAGUUAAAAUACUUCGAAAGUCAAAUAUCCAGAUUACUCUGAUAAUUGAAAUUUUUAACAAUUGUUAGCACAUCAUGACGAUGUUCCGAUUACCAAAUAAACAACUUGCCAUAA